CACACCAAACGCCAUCUUGAAACUGUGGAACUGGUCACAGAAGAGAGAAACGUUGAGGAUACUACACGCUUGGGAAAAUGCUGUACUGCCGUUCUUGUCCUUGAUACACUCAUGACUUGACAGCAGCGUGUUGUCAAAACGUAUUCGCUGUUGAUUUCAUGUGCGUUUCCCAACGACGUGUCUGAUAACAUUUUGGUUGCUCCAAAGCUGCAAUUGGAUACGAUUUUUACAGGCACUGGUUGCCAGCUUUUACGGUGUGCACAACUAGCUCGUAAAAGCCAACUGACAGAACACAUUGCAAUCCAUUGGGAAGGGGAAAUACAAUGUUUCUUUUUGGAAUUGGAUUAUGCGCCAGCAUAACGCUAACCUUACAUUUUGGAAGGUGAAGACAGCGUCGUGAGGACCAAGAAAUGAGAUGUAUCAAAUAUAACGUUAGUCCACGAAAGGUGGUGUAUUUAAACGUCUUUCUUAUCUAGCUAGCUGACGUUAGAUCAUUUACGAUAUCUAGAAAACUACGUAAUUUUAAACUACCUGAAGCUAGCUAUCCAGCUAAGAUUGCGGGUUAAUUAGAUAUGUUAAAUUAUAUUGUUGCUAAUUUGACUGCUUGUCAUAUUUACCUGGUUUCGUCUAACAAGGUAAAUGAACAAGAUUGAAUGUAAAGAAAGGGAACAUUAAUGUUAAACACAGGGGAAUAGUUGCCUAGUAUUAUUGCUAGCAACUAGUGCUGUAAGGAGCUACGGAUAGUUAGACCAACCUGCAACAAGUCAGUCAUUAGCUAUGGUUUUAACCAUUUUGUAGCCUCUAGCGAGCUACACAAGUAUCACCUCUUCCAUAUUUUUGGACAUAAUUCUUCAGGACCUUCAACUGUGUAACGUAGUAGCAAGCCUCGUGGCUGGCCAGUGGAUAUUUUGGAGUGGGUCUUCUCAACAAACACCUGUCAACUGGAAUGUCCGUGUUUAAUACCACACUAUGUUGACAAUACUAGCUUGCAAACUAGCUGGCUAGUUACAUUUUUUUUUUUGCACAGACCUUCACAACACACAGUGGAGGAGCAAACCUUUGCAGCUGUGUGUUGUUUAUUUCCCGGAAAUAAAAGGAUUUCAAUUGGAUUGAAAAUGGGAGCCGCUAGUGAGCUGGCGUUUGCUGUUUUUCUCAUCUCGUUUUCCUCAGGUGGACUCCAAUCAAACAUCUCAAGGAUGAUCAGUGGAAACAGGAUACACCUGAGCUCAAUUUCAAGACUCAUAGCAAAAGGUGCAAUCCUGGGUCGCUCGGAGACACAGGAGUGCGUUUACUACAACUCUAGCUGGGAGAAGGAGCGAACCAACCGCAGUGGCAUCGAGCCUUGCUACGGAGAUAAGGACAAGAGGCUCCACUGCUUCGCCACCUGGAAAAACACCUCGGGAACUAUCGAGAUCGUCAAGCAGGGCUGCUGGCUGGACGAUGUCAACUGCUAUGACAGUAGUGAAUGUGUGGAGACGAAAGAGAGUCCGGACGUCUUCUUUUGCUGCUGCGAAGGCAACAUGUGUAACGACAAGUUCCUCUACAGCCCCGACACGCAGGCUGUCCAAAGUAAGUCGUCAUCGACCUCCAACCCGUUUUCCCAGAAGCCUCAGCUGUUCAACACCCUGCUGUACUCUCUGGUGCCCAUUAUGGGCAUCGCCGCCAUCGUCAUCUUCUCCUUCUGGAUGUACCGUCAUCACAAGCUGGCAUACCCCCCCGUCCUGGUGCCAACACAGGACCCACUGGGGCCACACACCCCUCCCUCUCCCAUCAUGGGGCAGAAGCCAUUGCAGUUGAUCGAGGUCAAAGCCAGGGGGCGCUUCGGCUGUGUGUGGAAGGCUCAGCUCCUCAAUGACUACGUGGCUGUCAAGGUCUUCCCCAUUCAGGACAAGCUGUCAUGGCAGAACGAGUAUGAGAUCUACAGCCUGACUGGGAUGAAACACGAGAACCUGCUCCACUUUAUCAGUGUGGAGAAGAGAGGCAACAACAUGGACAUAGACCUCUGGCUCAUAACAGCCUAUCACGACAACGGCUCUCUGACUGAUUACCUGAAGGCCAACGUGGUGUCAUGGAACGAGCUGUGCCACAUCUCCCAGACCUUGGCCCGUGGCCUGGCCUAUCUCCACGAGGACAUCCCUGGGCUGAAGGACGGACACAAGCCCGCCGUCGCACACAGGGACAUGAAGAGCAAGAAUGUGCUUCUGAAGAACAACCUGACAGCCUGCAUAGCGGACUUCGGCCUGGCCCUGAAGUUUGAAGCUGGGAAGUCAGCAGGAGACACCCACGGCCAGGUGGGCACGAGGCGCUACAUGGCCCCUGAGGUGCUGGAGGGGGCCAUCAACUUCCAGAGAGACUCCUUCCUGAGGAUAGACAUGUACGCCAUGGGGCUGGUGCUAUGGGAGCUGACCGCUCGCUGCACCGCUGCAGACGGUCCUGUGGAUGAGUACACACUGCCCUUCGAGGAGGAGGUCGGCCAGCACCCAUCUCUAGAGGACAUGCAGGAGGUGGUGGUCCACAAGAAGCUACGUCCCUGCCUCAGAGAGUGCUGGCAGAAACACAUAGGCCUGGUGAUGCUGUGUGAGACCAUCGAGGAGUGCUGGGAUCACGAGGCCGAGGCGAGGCUCUCGGCAGGCUGCGUGGAGGAACGCAUCAUCCAGAUGCAACGCCAGACCAACAUCAUCGCCCCCGAGGAGAUUGUCACCGUCGUCACCAUGGUGACCAACGUGGACUUCCCUCCCAAAGAGUCCAGCCUAUGAAUGAACGAACAUUGACUGGACGUGUCAGGUGGUGGACAUGGAGCUAUUUUGAUUGGAUGUUUUCAGGUAUACAUUGAUCAACCAGAGUGGCCCGUUCAGGAUCAUGAACUCUGGAUGAUCCCGGGUUAAACUCUGACCCCUGACCCCCUCAGAUGGGUGUGCUGGCGUGGUGUGUUUUAGUGCUGUGCGCUACACUACUGUCAUUCAGGAAAUACCUGGCUGUGCCCACCAACACUGGUUUGGUUUCUACCCACUUCAUAGCAUCACGAUGUGUUGGACUCCCGUAGCGAGCCUCAAACUGUCAAAAAGAAUCCUUCAAAAGAACACUAGGUCGUAACAAACCCUGUGAGCUGGGCAAAAGGGAUAUUUUCUAUAUGAAGAAAACACUAGGACCUCCUAACAGACUUCUGUUCUAUUUUCUAAGAAAAAGAAGAGGAAGAGUAUGGACUCUACAAGACGAACUCUCACAGCUCAGAAAAGAAAAGGGCAACUUGUUUUAAAAUUCCUUUGCUGUUUUCUUUCUGUGUUUAUAUGAUAAUGAUAAUGACAAUUGUAAUGCCAAUAAGAAACAGCUUCUGAAUGUCACGUGUACUGCUGCUGUACAUAAUAUCAAAACAAUGGUAAUCAAGGUUUAUUUUAGGGGGGGGAUCCAUUUCCAAGCAUUACUACUUCGAAAGCAAAACCAUAGACCUCCCUCAAGUCAACACGGUAUACCUCAGUUCCAUCUUCAUUACAACACUACAACCAUAGAAGUAGAACUACUAUUGUUUCUAGUUCUGUUAAUUCUAUUUCUAUGAUUACAACAAUCUCUCUGUAAACUAUUCAGAUGACAUCAUUACUUUGGUAUUAUUGAACUAUAUACUGUACAGCUGUGGCAGGUGAAAACAUAAUAAUUAUCACCACAGUUUUUAAAACUAGUCUGCCAAGAGAUGUAUGACUAUGAAUUUACGCGAGCCUUCUUGUUUUUCUUUUUGAGCAUUAUUUUGUCCUUCCUUGCUGUUUUAAUUUGUUUUUAUUGUAAACAUUUUAAUCCUACAUUUUAAGACUAUUUCAAUAACCCCCUAAGUCAUUGAAAAUUAUAUUAUAUUUUUUAAACACUUAUUUUGGCUUGCUGUGUCAACCGAGUAUUUAAUGAUGUGAGCAUGCCUUUUGGUUAUCCUUUGAUCUUCUUUUUAAAAAGCUCAGGAAGCUACUCUUCUGUCUCGACUCCCUAGUUAUUACCCAUCUUUAUCUCCCAGUCCCUAGCUACUACCCUUCUGUCUCACCCUGUCUGUAGCUACUACCCUUCUGUCUCACCCUGUCUGUAGCUACUACCCUUCUGUCUCACCCUGUCUGUAGCUACUACCCUUCUGUCUCACCCUGUCUGUAUCUACUACCCUUCUGUCUCACCCUGUCCGUAGCUACUACCCUUUUGUCUCACCCUGUCUGUAGCUACUACCCUUCUGUCUCACCCUGUCCGUAGCUACUACCCUUCUGUCUCACCCUGUCCGUAGUUACUACCCUUAUGUCUCUCCCGAGUCCCAAGCUACUACCCUUCUCGCUCUCACAGUUCCUAGCUACUAACCUUCUGUCUCUCCAGUCCCUAACUACUACCCUUCUGCUUUGAGACGCGGGUGAACCAUCUCUUCCUGGUGUCAUCUCAACCAUAGCGUUAAAACAUCUCUACUUCUAGCCUCUAUCAUCUCAACUCGGUUGAGCCUUUAAUCAGUGUGACAACGUUACUACUGUAGACCCACCCUGGGCAAAACUAGGAUGUCUCUCGUCGUCCUUCCGGAAUUUGAUUUGUGAAUGUGUUCCAUUUCUAGCUUGUUGUAUGAGCUCAGAUUUGUCUUCUGGGUGACAUUGACACGGAUGAUGAUGCGUUCAUCUUUGCAUUCUCUCUCUUCACACCUAGUCAGUGUUUUAAACUGGAACUACAACAACGUUCAGGGAUUCAAUACUAUGCUUUUCAGUAAUUACUACAGUAUAUGCAACUCGUGCAGAAUGGUGCAAGUGCGUACGUACUUGCAUUGCUGCAGGAGCGACUUUCACACCACUGUAGCAUUUUUUUAAACAGUUAAUCUUGUCUAUUGAUCUUUUAAUUAUUUGCAGACCUGAGCUUUUGAGUAUUAGACAGAGAGCAGGUGGGCAGGUGCCAAAUCAAACUAUUACUUUACCUCUUAUCUGAAAGACAGUGGAACGGACUUAGGGAAGGCCCAACUGCAUUACUAGAUUGUGUCUGUACUCUCGGGGUAAAGGCUGCAGUUGGCCAGUGGUCUCUCAGCGGAUGUAGGCUCUAUCACAAUUUGUCUUUCCUUGGUUCCUCACAUCCUGUCUCCUUGCCUAAUAUGGUUGAGGAGGAGGAGAGGGGAUGUGAGGAUUCAAGGACAUUUUAAUUGAGAAAGCCGUAGAAUGGUGGCCGUUACUGUGAAUCCCCCUCCCUCCCUCCCUCGCUCCCUACACACUGGAACCCUGUAGCGCUCAGCAAUACAACUAGCAAGCAAAGGGCAUUGGAGGAAGAGUGGAAGGGGCACGCGUUUCCAAGCAGUUAGCGGUGAACCAACAAUCAGAUAUACAAUCACUACAGUACUACAGUACUACUGCAUUAUUUUGAUUGUCUUAUGUCUUAUUGUCGUAUGUGCUUUUGAGAAAAAAUAAAUAUGUAGCCAUGAUGUGAUCCUCUGAUUUCUGGUAUUUUGAGGGUAUAAUUUUGUGUACCUGAUUUUUAUUUUUCAACCACAGCUACUUGUACAGAGCUGAUUUCACUGUACAGACGUUUUAAACCCCAAACCACACUACAAUCUUCUUAGUUGAUCAGACCUUGGCCUUCUUGUGAGAGGUGAUUUUCUUUCAGAUAAACUUCAGAAAGCCCAAUAACAUUUUACUUCAGAUUGACUGGAAUAUUGAAAUGCACAUUAUGUAAAUAUACAUGUCAUAUUUAGAUUGUAGUUGAUGGAUAUAGCAUGAGGUUGUUUCUAUUGUUUUUAGAAUAUAUCACAAAGAAGCAAAAAAAUCCCUGAUGAAUUAAUUAUUCCAUAAUAAGAUUUGACCUGUUUAUUUUGUAGAUCUAUGUUUUUAAAUUGUUUCAAUUUAUGACCCAAAUGGCCCAAAACGGUCACUCUUCCUUCCCCAGAUGAGACUCAUUUCUUUCUACGGUGGUCUGAUGAAAAUUCCCUCAAAUGAAACCCUGAAUCAAUAGUUUUACCAUUUUCACACUACUGAGGUGAGCCAAACUAAGCCGAACCGAGUCGCACUGGGGUGGCCUGGUUAAGCAUCCACCAUAAAAAAAUGACAAUGUGAUCGGAAAAUAUCAGAGCCAGCAAAUGAUGGUUUGGGUUGGCUCAGUAGUGUGAAACCGGUCAUUGUUUUACCUCAGACAUCCUAGCUCAGACCCCAGAUGUUACUCUAGUCUACAGCAUUGAGAUACCAUUGCUACAAUAUUCCAGCAGUGUUGCAAGAAUGUUAUCCCUUGUAUGUGACCAGCAGACAGUGUUUUCUGUAACACACUUUCUCUCAAAACAACACUAAAGCUAAACCUAGGUUAGCUUUAGUUCUGUAUUUGCUGAUAGUCAAACAGUGUGACUUGGCACAAAUGACUGUUCAAUUGGACUUGCCAAUAGUUUUUAUGCUUUGCAAGUUAUUUAACAAACUUUUUCAGAUGCCUGGUUGGAAGUGGAUGUUAAAUAUUGUACAGAGAAAUUGUAUGCUAUUGUCCCUAAAAUAAAGUAUAGUGACUGCUCA